AUGAACAAUAUUGGCGAAGGGCUGCCCUUCGAAUUCCAGGACUUCAGCGCACCACAGAGCCAAGGACAGCAGAUGAUAAGUCAGGACGAAGGAGACUCAAUGGACACUACGAUGGAGAAUGGCCGAGGAAUGAUGCCACAGGAUACCACUAUGCAAGACCAAAUGCCUCCUAUGUCGACUUCUGCGAACCAUCCCGCCAUACAUGCACCUCUCAACCACGGACACGCAUCUAACGAGAGCUUGUCGGACCUGGAUGCACAGAUAAAUUUCUUGCAGCAGCAGAGACACCACCAGCAACAAAGACAAAUGCAGGAGCAACAACGCAACUUUUACGCUCAGCAUAGGAUGGGUGUCCCUCCUACUCCCCAAAGCAUAGAAAUGCAUGGCAAUCCCGCGCAAUACUACCAGCCGCAUUCGGAUCCUCAGCAGCAAGCUGUGUACGAGAGAUUUCGAAUGCAGCAGCUCAAGGAACAACAGGAGAUGGCUUUUACCCCACUUGUCUCCCCCGCUGUCACACCUCUCGAAGCCCAUUUCUCUAUACCCGAAUACACUGUUCCAGGGGCUUACUUCAGCCCCUUGAGCUCUCCUGCACUACAUGCACAGAACGAACAUCAAUCGGUUUACGAUCAACGACACUCUGGAGCAACCAAUUCUCCAAAUGAUGCGAAUCUCGAAUCACACUCUGCACCUGGCAGUUCUACUAUACUUGCGAAGAAGUCCAACAAGAAGGCCCCGACUAAGAUCCGAAAUACUCGUGCAGUUAGACAGUCUCCUAUUGUCAAACCCCGCAGAGGCAAGAAGGGUUCAAGCAGCACGAUCACUGCACAAGCUCUAGGCGACAUAAUUGAGCCUUCACAUUCGCAAGUCUCGCAAAUCAAGGACUCUUCAGUAAGUACCGAAGAGUCGGAGAAUGGUUCAAUAUCCCCAGAGCACUUGUCAGAUAUGGCGCCUCCUCCAAUCCCCACCCCGGGAUCUGCUGGAAGAUCACCGUAUAUACAAGCUCAAAGCCAAGCGCAAAAGGCGAAUCCAAGGACGCAACAGCUUAUACUAGGAUCUCCUGCUACUCCAGCUUCAUUAAUGCGCAUAUCCUCGCCUCAAGGAGAGCAACCUCCAAAUGGCCAUAAUAACAUGGAUAUCGAUGACCCUGGAAUGGAUGGAUUUGCCUUGCCAGAAGCUGCGACCACUAGGCCCCAACUUUCGCGUCUAGAUACACAAUCAGAUGGCCAAAUUACUCCGACUCUGAGUUCAACGACUACCAAAACACCAGGGUUUCAGCCGUUACCGUCUCCUGCAUUUGCGCGCCCUAGAACAGCAGCAUCCGCCAGUCAGAGCCCGCAGAUCGACGCCAUGAAUGGGUCAAUUAGUGCCAAUGGAAACUCUCGAAAAGCUCCUCCAGUAUCUGGUAGAAGCGCGAAGAAGAGAUCAAGCAGUUCAGUACUGGCGUCACCAGCCCUUCUCCCAAGGAUUUCUCCCAGCAUCAAACCAUUACUUCCUGGAGGAGGUAAAGUGUCCGAGGACACAGCCUCACUGCUACUUGCUUCCAAGUCCAAUUAUCAAAAUAUUCUAGAAGGAACUCAUCUGCCUGGUGUUUCAUAUCCAACUGAACUCUCCACAAAUUUGACCUCGAAACGCACAAGUCAUAAGAUUGCCGAACAAGGACGACGGAAUCGUAUUAAUUCUGCACUACAAGAAAUUGCUACACUUCUUCCUAGAGGACAAACAAAGGACAGUGGGGGAGAGAAGAGUGGAAGUGGGGACGGAGGGGAAAGCAAUGAACCUACGAAUGGAAAGGGAACAUCGCAAAGUGCCAACAGCAAAGCAAGCACGGUUGAGCAGGCGAUCGAAUAUAUAAAGCAGUUGAAGAAUGAUUUGGCAAAGAAGGAUGCAGAGAAUCAAGAGUUGAAAACAAAGGUGACGCAACUUGAACAAAAGGUGUAG